AUGAUACUCAAGUCUCUGUGGCAAAUUAGCGUUUUCGCAAGACAGAACAUAGUACGUCAAAGCUUCACAGGCUCAUUUCUUAAGGAAGACAUACUUCGUAUUUCCUUUAUCAACAAUCUCAGUCUCAGUCAACCUCCGGAAGCAAAUAACAUCUUUGACCUAUUUGUAUACAUCUUGGAGAACUUACCUCCGUGGAAUCCAUACUUUGAAGUGUACGAAUUGGCGAACAAGAUUUGCAAUAGAUGCAAGAUGGAUUUGGAGUAUCCAGGAUUAUUCGAGAAUCUUACAUUCGAGAAGUUCGUUCAAAUCAUCAGGAUAAGCUUAAAGAUGCCUUGUGAUAAGGAAGGAUGUGGGAAACGAAACUAUGUUCAACGUAUGAUAAAUAAACUUCCAACUGUUUUCACAAUUGCGCUUGAGUGGGAACACAAUGAGACUGAAGGAGAGAUAUUUGAUACAACUUCUGUUCUGGCGACUGAGAUUGAUGUUAGUGUGAUAUACCAAUACGAAGGUGAUAGUGCAUUUACCAAAUACCGUCUUGUCUCAAUGGUUUGCUCGGAUGGAGAUCGAUACAACUGCGUAGCUUAUGAAGACAAUAGAUGGGUCAGACAUGUUGGUUCUCAGAAAAAGGUUAUUGGAGACUGGGAUGGUGUUCUCAGCAUUUUUCGAGAACUGCAUAUUCGAUCUGAGAUUCUGUUUUUUGAAAAUGGAACAGAUGUUUUCCGCGCAGGGAUCUCAAGCCUCGUGUGUUAUUUCUUAGCCCAAAUUCAGCAUCCUGACUGA